AUGAAGGAAAAGGUGGAGUCUGAAAAAGUAUUUGAAAGAGUUGGUGGAACAGCUACAGGAGGAGGAACAUUCUGGGGACUAGGUUCUUUGCUCACAAAAAGAAAGGGCUUUGAUGAAUUACUGCAACUUGCAGAACGUGGAGAUCAUCGUAAUGUUGAUAUGUUGGUAAAAGAUAUGUAUGGGGGUGAUUAUUCCUCUCAAGGAUUACCUGGAGACCUUAUUGCAGCUUCUUUUGGCAAAGCAGUGUUUUAUAACGGUCAACCUACAUUUUCUGAAGCAGAUCUUGCGAGGAGUCUUUUACUUACAAUAAGUAAUGAUAUUGGACAAAUAGCUAGUUUGUAUGCAACUGUACAUAAAAUGGAUAGAGUUUAUUUUGGUGGUUACUUUUUACGUAAUCACCCUUUGUCAAUGCAUACCAUUUCAUAUUCCAUCAAAUAUUGGUCAAAUGGCAAAGUAAAACCUCUAUUUCUUCGUCACGAGGGCUAUCUUGGUGCGAUCGGAGCAUUUUUAUAUGGUGCUGAACAGUCCAACGAGUAUAGUUGGUUAGAAAACUAUGCAGGAUCAUCAGGUUUCAAAGAUUCGAUAUCCACUAAUCUCGGAAUUAAAGUUGCUCAGUUGGAAAUUGAUCAGGCAGAAAAUGCUGUUACAUUUUGUCCUCUUUUAAAAGAUCCUGCAUCUUACAAUCCUGAUACAACAGACCUUGCUCAAGAUAAAGAAGCUAGAGAUUACUGGCUGCAGUGUUUCGAAGAAUCUGUAGAUAAAUUUGUAGCAAGAGCUAUACACAGUCAGCCUUCUGAAAAAUAUAACUUCUUCUGGCAGUCAAAAUGUUAAAGAAAACGUGUGGUC